GAUGCACUUUUAGCCGUUCAUGAUUGCGCUAGAAUACAACAUAUUGCCUGGCAGUUUGCAGGAAGUGAAAUCGCGCGCGUCUCUCUUUUCUUUAGAGAAGUGGGUUGCAAAUCAUGUGAAAAACUAAAAAAUCGUGUUUUGUGCCUGAAGUGAUUAGUGCAAAGAGAGAUUUUUAUUAGGUUUAGUUAAGUAUGUGUACUAGGCACAAACGCUACACUUGAGAACUAUUUAAGACUACACGUUUGAGUAACAUUACAUCUCAUCAGUUAUUUUGUGCCCAAAAGUGAAAAUAAAUGAUAACGGAGUGGUGAAGAGCGAUGCAUAUAAAGUAGGAAUGCAGGAAAAUAAUUAAAUUAGUGCAACCUUGCAACUGAAGGGCAGCCACGACCCCACACACCCUCAACUACAUAAGUACUCAGAGCGCGCCGAGUGCUAUAGUUUUCCAAAGGUAACACGUCCCGAGGCGGUUACGCCUGACAGCUUGCACCGAUCACAUGCGUCCGAAUUGAACACAAUAUCAAUAGCUUAGCAAUAUAGUUUUCGAAGUGGGUUUCUAGCUAAAGUUUUCGCUAAACAAGUAUAUGAUAGAUUUGAUAAUAAGGGCUGGGUGGGACCAGAAGUUUCGUGAUGAUAAGAAGUGGGCGGCACAGUGUUCUAACUACAGAAAAUAGUAAGCCUGUGUAUUAAACGCGCCUGUGUAUUAUUUUUAUUGGUACAUAUUAACAAUCCUAGCACAAUAAACAAUUCUUAAGAGUUCUAGGGUAGCAUAGAUCAGAAAUAAUUUACAACACGCAUUAAUUUUCGCAAUUCGAAGUUAUCAAGUGUAGUUUGUUUAGAUAUUGUUGUGUGUGGGGCUAAAUAUGUGAGUAGUAAGGGUUGAUGAGCGGCGCGGAGCAUACAGGCUGUGUCGAGGGUGUUGUGGAUAGAUGCGUGUGGCCGGAGCGCGUCGAGUAGUGUCGUGCUAGUGUCGCCAGUCGGGUGACAACGUCGCGCGGUGCGGUCGCGUGGGUCGCGCGUCACGCGGGCCGCGGCAUGGCGCGCGAGUACGCGCGAGUGCACGAGUUUUACUUGCCGCUGCAUGAGUUGCAGCCGCCCGCACAACACUACCACUAUGAGCUGCUACAGGCGAGCGCGAGCGCGGCGCCGGCGUAUGAGCUGACCCCGGGCGGCGGUGGCGGCGGCGUCGGCUGCUCAGACUCCGCCGGCUCCCUCGCGCACAGGCCGCACCAGCCGCCCAUGCAGUCCUCGCACCAGCACCACCAUGACCCCCGCAAGAGGAAAUCUUCACACUACAGCAGUUCGGAGAGCUACGAGAUGUCGGGGUGCGAGGCGCCGCUGGGGUCUGCGUCCUCGCUGCACGCGCCCACGCCGCUGCACACGCCUGCCAGCGCCACACGCAAGAGGAAACCAUCCUCCUAUGGCACGGGUAGCGCGUAUGAUGACGACGGUGGAGAUGACGCACGCUCCACCCGGACCCUACCUGACAAGAAACAGAACCACAGCGAGAUCGAGAAGCGGCGACGAGACAAGAUGAACACUUACAUCUCGGAGCUGAGCGCGAUGAUCCCCAUGUGCGGCGCUAUGGCGAGGAAGUUAGACAAACUGACGGUGCUGCGUAUGGCAGUGCAGCACCUACGGUCGGUGCGCGGGGCACUGUCAGCCUGCCCUCUGACGGCGCGGCCUCGACCCUCGUUCCUCUCAGAACGCGAACUCAAUCAACUCAUUCUACACGCGGCCCACGAUUCCUUCCUCCUAGUGGUAGGAUGCGAUCGCGGCCGCCUUCUCUAUGUCUCCGCCUCCGUUAAACAGAUGCUCCACUAUGAUCAGACAGAGUUGCUUGGCCAAAGCCUGUUCGACAUCUUGCAUCCCAAGGACGUUGCGAAGGUCAAGGAACAGCUCUCGUCGUCCGACCUCAGCCCACGGGAGAGACUCAUCGAUGCUAAGACCAUGUUACCGGUGAAAGCGGACGUGCAAGCGGGCGCCUCCCGGCUAUGCCCGGGAGCUCGGCGCUCAUUCUUCUGCCGCAUCAAGUGCAGAGUAACGGCCGAGGCACCGCCACCCGAGCCCGUCUCCAUCAAGGAGGAGACCGAACCAAUCGCUAAACUGCGCAAGAAGUCCAAUGAGAAGAAAUACUGCGUUGUACAGUGCACUGGUUACCUAAAAUCCUGGGCGCCAGCAGAGAUGUCAGAAGGCGCCGGUGGCACGUCAGAGGUGACCGACGACGGGGAGCAAUGCAAUAUGUCGUGCCUCGUCGCGGUGGGGCGAGCACUCCCAGACUUGGCGCCCGCGCCGGCCUUCUCUUGUUCAGUGGCGCCUACUCGUCAGCUGCAAUAUGUGUCGCGACAUGCCCCUGAUGGGAAGUUCUUGUUCGUCGACCAAAGGGUGACACUAGCACUAGGGUUCCUGCCACAAGAGCUUCUAGGCACGAGUUUGUACGAAUACGUCAGCGGGCCGGAGCUCGGCGCGGUCGCACGAACGCACAAGACCGCACUCUUGCGCCGCGACCCAUUACACACGCCUCCUUACUCCUUCCGCAAAAAGGACGGUAGCCUCGCGCGCCUACAAACACACUUCAAGCCAUUCAAGAAUCCGUGGACGAAGGACGUUGAGUGCUUGGUUGCGAACAACACCAUUGUCUCUGAGUCGCAUGCUGCUGCGCUCGCUGACGCCGCGCAUGCUUCCUAUGACAUGUUCAAGCAGAAGGCCGACGUGGAGAUGCAGCGUCUCAUCGAGUCUCAGGUGGAGUCCCACAAGAUCGGCAGCGCCAUCGCCGAGGAAGCACUGCGUCGGUCCUCCUCAGAGUUCUCGCCAGAACUGCCCGCAGACCUACUGCAGGAUGCCGUCUUCAACCAAAACUGGCCACUAAAAGCAAACGUGGUAUACGAGCAGGCGUCGCUUGUGGACAACAUAUUGGGCGUGGACAUGUCGGGGUACAGCCAGGUGAGGAACAACGUGCCGCUCAGCGCCGCCGCCGAGGGCUCCCCGCCGCCCGCCAGCACCACCCUCCCCGCGGACACCUCGCCCCCCGCCUCGCCGCCCCUGCCUCCCCUCGGCCUCGAUGGCAACGGCGAGGCCGCCAUGGCAGUCAUCAUGAGCCUCCUAGAAGCCGACGCAGGCCUCGGAGGCCCCGUCAACUUCUCCGGCCUACCCUGGCCCCUACCUUAGACGACAAUAACGCACGAUCAUAGUAAAAUAUGUUUGAGGAGUUCUAAUAAGCGCCUUGAUGCGCUUGCAAAUGGUGAUGAGAAAGCCUGUAUCAUGUUUUUCUCAUCUGCCAUUAUUGGUAGGUGAAAACCAGCUAUUUCAUGAAUUGGAGGCUGAUAUAAGUUUAAAUCAGUUAUUGACAGGCGACCACUCUUCAUAAACUGUCUACUCAGAAUACAAAUUAACACUAUUUGAUUGAGUAUCAAACGUCAAAAACUAAGAUUCAAGCAACCCUAAGAAAGUUAGUUUCUAUCUAGACUAAUUUCUAUAUAAAUAAUAGUUUCGGAGUUCUGGGGGCCGCUUAGGGCUUUUGUACCAAGUACAGGAGCGAUCGUGUGAGUCGGCCCCAGCGCGCUUAUCAUCGUUAUCAUCUAUCAAAUAGAUAAGUUAUUAUUUAACCAACAUGUUUCAUGUCUACAUUUAAUGUUAAGGAAGGUUAAACCGGUUCCCACAAAUAAAUUGUCCUUAUGAGAUAGUUCACAGCGCAAUAUUUUCUCCAAAUUGGCUGAUUUACACGCAUGUUCAACGUAUAACGAUGGGCAAUCUGAUUAUUUACUUAUCAUUUAAAAGGAACCAAACCACUCGGUUCGAGUCGAGAAUAAUGUUUAAAUAUUGUGAAAGUUUAUGUAUGUUUUUUUUUGUUAUUUGAUUUAUUGGAAUAAUCAUUUUGCAGUGAAUUAUUUAAGUUCAAUCAUGUUCAUGUUAUAAUUCACCCACAGCAAUCACCACCCACAUCUUUUAACGUUGAAUAGAAUUGUAAUUACCAAACCUUUACUUUUAAAUCAGUCAUUUAUUGUUAAGUAUAUAAACAUUCAUAGCAAUUAUAUUUUUAUAGGUUUUAUGUUUUAUAUAGUUCGCUAUUAUGUCAUCGUUAAUACAAGUUAGGUCAGUCACGUUGUCGAUUGAGGAACUGACGAGCAUAUUUCAUGGGGCCUACAAAUGCAGAUAAUCUAAGCCCCGCUUUUAGCAAUUGUGAAAAAAAAUGUAUUUGUUGACCUAUUUUUAAACGGUUUUAUUUUUUACCAAUAGGUUGAAUACGUAAGUGAAUGAAGUGUUGCUACACUUUUAUGCCUAUAUUUUAGAAAAAUUACAGUAGACAAAUUAUUUUCAUUGAGACCUAUCAUCUCAUAAAGGAAUCAAUUUUGAAAAUUCUAUAUGAAGUUAUUUUUAUUUUAUCAAUAAGCAUUUAUUAAAUUGGUUCAGUCGAACUUAACCAUCCCAACUUUCCAAAACGGGGUCAAAGGACAAUGGGCACUUUGUAUGGAAUUUGGUACCCGCUCCAACAGUAACGUAUGAUAUAUCAUUAGAAAGGUAUUAACGUGAAGAAUAAUAAAAACUAUGGGGCUUGCCUCAAUUAGCUGUCCGAUCCGAGUAACGAUAAAAAAUUGAAUCGACAUACAAGUAUGUCAUCCAUAUAUGCAAAUUCAUUAAGAGGCAUAUUAUGUCGUCAGUGUAAUAAUUUUAAACUCAGUUAACAGACAUCUUACAUUGUUUGAGAUACACUCUAUUAUAAUCUAAAGGUUGUAAUAGUCUAUGGAGUCAUACUACGGAAACACAAUCGUCAUCUGAUUUGACGAAAGCUCAAAACAUUUAUAUUCAUCUUUUUUUAAGAAGAAAUCCAUCAUUAUCUCAGCACGUCUUGACGAGCAAGAUUGAGUCGUAAUAUGUACUAUGUAAACAUCGUCUUCUGACUUUUCAACCUCAAUUGAUUGUAAAGACUGAAAAACUUUCACCAAAUACAUCAGCUAGUUCUGCGUGAACUGCAAAGGUUUGCACAGUCUUUUUUCAAAUCAAUCGGCAGGCAAACAUUCUAAAAAGGCCAAAUUCUAGUUUUUUUGUUACUUUACCAGUUUUUAUUCGAUACAGUUGGAUUUAAGAACUACAUCUACGUUGAUGAUUUAUGAACAUUAUGCAUUCUAUUAGUCGAUGUCACGCGAAAUGGACAAGGAUUUGGGACUAGUCGUCAUAGUAAACAUUUUUUGCCUUGCCAAGAUCUACGCAAUGGUACUACAUUCAACACUGUUGGACAAGGUACCAAAACGCCCACCGUCCUUUCGAAAAUUGUCUUCCUUAUGAUGCUCAGAUAUUUUAAAAUCUUUUAUCUGUAAAAGUCAGUCCCAAUAUUGGAAAUGAAGAGUGGGUAAAUGAAUCCGGCACUCAGGAGUUGCCGUUUAUUAUAAAGUAUAAUAAGAUAGAUUUUUGUAUGUGUGUUUCUAAACAAAUGUACAUAUUAUAGUGUUAACGUAAACACGCUAGGAAGACAUCGGUCAUUAGUCAUCGGCGUGGCCUGUGUACUUUAUUUUUAUCGGAUUUAUUGGUAUUAAUAAUGAAAUAUCACCAAAAUUAUAGUUAUAUUUUUUGUUAUAUUUGCUUGAAUAUUCUGUUAUUUUUAUAAGAUGUUGGCUGAUAUAUUUCAAAGUACAACAGUUUUAUAUGAUUAUCGAGAUUUUAAUUUUUUCAUCUUCAAAUUAUUGAUCUAAUAAAUAGGUACCGGCCACGAUUUUCAGAUGUUAUGUAUAAAAUAUAAUUGGAAUCCAUUGAUAUAAUAUAUUCUUAUUCAUCAACAUAUUCUUAGUACAUAAUAUACCUACAAUAUUGUAUCAACUCUGCUUUCAGUAUAGUAUGUCAACGCCUAUGUUUUGUUUAUAGUGAUAAUUCGUCUUAGAGCACUCUAAUGCAAUGAACCAUAUUAAUGUUAGUCAUGUUGUAUUGUUAUUUACUUAUGUUCAGUUUAUUAAACUAUUAUUAAAAUAAACAUUUGGAAAUAUUGUUUCUUUCAUAA